GCCAGCAGUGUAGUAUCCCUAGUCAGGUUUUCACGGAAUGUGGUUCAUCAUGCGUACAAAGUUGUCGCGACUUGUCACGUGCUACAGAAUGUAACGAGCAGUGUGUUCCCGGAUGUCAAUGUCCCCAAGGAUUGGUUCUCAGCGACGAUAAGAAAUGUAUUCCGGUGGCGAAGUGCCCAUGUGAAUUUGAGGGUAAACCACUCCAGCCUGGCGAGAGCGUUGCCGUUGGGAAUUGCAAGACAUGGUGAGUAUGAUACUGAUUUAUGUUUUGUCCUGAUCGCUAUCCGCUGGAUAAGUGAUUUAACCGCCUUAGCUAUUCACACAAAAAGUCGCUUGGUGGUAAAAUGCACAUCUGUUGUCAUUGUCAUUAUUGUUGUUGUUGUUGCUGUUGCUGUUGUUGCUGUUGUUGUUGCUGUUGUUGUUGUUGUUGUUGCUGUUGCUGUUGCUGCUGUUGCUGUUGUUGUUGUUGUUGUUGUUGUUGUUGUUGUUGUUGUUGUUGUUGUUGUUGUUGUUGUUGUUGUUGUUGUUGUUGUUGUUGUUGUUGUUGUUGUUGUUGUUGUUGUUGUUGUUGUUGUUGUUGUUGUUGUUGUUGUUGUUGUUCUCUUGAUGUUGUUGUAUGAAUAAAACAAUCUUUAUAUAAAUGAAUAUUUAGAUGUCUUUUUUGCGAUGUGGUACUGUCUACUUCUACAGUUUAUUGAUCACGUGAUUUAUCACUUUUUACAGUACGUGUGACAAGGGAGCAGUCAAGUGUGUUGAAGAUCGAAACUGUGUAAGCAAAGGUAAGUUUUCGCAACCAGAGACCAACUGAUUGCAAGUUAAAUAGCGCUAUCCAGUAUGAAUAACGAUGUUGUGAGCCAAGCAACGCGUAUGGUCAAGCAACUUCGGCAAGGCUUCUUAAUUAAUAGACAGAUUUAGAUCGAGGACGCGGACUUCAAAGACGACGUGAAAAUCGCGUCAAAAUGGCGUGGCAUAUCCAUACAUGGGCACAACAUGCCAUUUUCACGUCGUCUUUAACGUCCGCGUUCUCGAUCUAAAUCUGUCUAAUAACCACUGCAGAUCGGCAAAAAAUGGCUAGUAAGCUAUGGCUGUUGGCUUCUAAUAGAUAGCAAAACUAAAUGUAUAAAUCCUACUAAUCUUUAAUCUGGGUUAUACCGAUUAUUUUAUUUCGUCUGCAUGCUUAUAUUUUUAGGUCCGUGUGAUUCUUUCCCAUGUCGUAAUGGUGGUAUAUGUUCAUUGCAGGGAAGCACAUUUUCUUGUCAGUGUCCCAAUGAUUACCAAGGAAGCACGUGUGAAGGUAAGUUAUGAUUUUAAGUAUUUGCUGUUGCUUACAAAUUUAUCGGUGGUAAGACCCAGAUUUUUAUCAUUGCAUGAAGAAGCAGGUAGCGGCAAAGUAAGGGGAGUGGAUACAAAUUAAUGAUCAUAUUCUCAAACUCGAUAAUAAUUCAAGAGUAAAUUAUCCAACCAUAUUGCUUAUUUUGCUCACGUGAAAUUACUGCAUAUCUGGUACAGUACAAUGAUCCUGUCCUAGAACUGAAUGAAUAUUAGUUCUGUACUUGGCUGCAUGGAUCAAAAUUAUCAUGAAUUCUAUUUAAGUCAAAACAUAGUUAGAACACUCAUCAUACACUUUCUGUUAAUCUAGAGUUUGCAAUCUCUCUUGUAACAACUCGUGACUGCCAACUCUCAUCUACGUUUGACUAGGGCUUAAUACAUACAUAAUCGGCAUAAAAUAUUUAACUCUUUACAUUCUCCCCUUCGUAACGUCCUGCUAACUACCAUAUUUGGUGUAUGACAAUGCAAGGGUGUUAUUCCAACGAGUAUCAAUUAAGUAUUGUACCAACUAAGCCUGUUUUUCAAUUUUUCAUUCUGCUAAAUUGUUUUUUAAUUUGCUUAUCUUCAUUAAAUAACUUUUUCAGAGCUGAAACCGAAACCAUGCGACUCACAACCAUGUCUUAACGGCGGCAUUUGUACGAAUGUAGGCUCCUCGUUUUCGUGCGAGUGUUCGAAAGGUUUCAAAGGAGACACUUGUGCAGGUAGGUGGGGCUUCGGUUGCGAGUUGGUUUUGCGAUGAGACUAAAAAGUCAGUAUUAUGAAGGUAAUAUAACGGUGCCUUGCAAUUUUUAGAUGCAGAAUGCGUGGACAAAAAGCUAGACAUUCUCUACGUAGUCGACGGCUCAGGAAGCAUCAGGGACGCUAACUUUGAAAACAUUAAGCUGGAACUGAAAGAAAUGAACGGAAAAUUUGCCAUCGGGCCUGAUAAGAUACAAAUAGCUCUGAUGCAGUUCGGCAGAACCACUGACACAAAAAUGGAAUUUAAACUUGGUGAGAAAACCUCGUUGCAAGCGGUUAAUGAAGGUGUGGAUAACAUGAAGUGGUUAAGCUCGCUUAAAACAGCAACUUUGGAUGCAUUGAAGAAAGCUAGAGAACAGGUAAGACUCGUUUAUAUCUUAUUUAAAUUAAUGACAUUUAUUUAUUUUCUACUCGAAGACGCAGUGGCGGAUACAAGGGCGGAGGGCAAACCUCACCCAAUAAUGUUUCAAGGCCUUCGAAUGAUAGUUAAAUAACUGUGCAUGUAACAAAGCUGUAACCAUUUUUCAACAAUGAAAGUAUUGGUAAAGGCUACAAAAUUAAUUAAGUGAUGGUAUAUUUUCAUCGAAAACCGCCAUUUCUCUAAUCAAAACAACUAGUUACUUUCGAUUGAUAAGAACAUUGUUCAAUUUUUUUCAUUUUAAAAAAAUUGGUAAAAUGCAAAGGUGGGACCAUUGAGGUGCGGCCACAGGCAUUCCCGGGGCUGGGGAGGGGGGGGGGAGGGGAUCAUAGGAAAUUUUUUUAAAAGUUCAUAAACAGCUCAACUCACUCUGAACUUUCUGAAAAUUGUCGAAAACCAUUUCCCUCAUCAAAACAAUUACUUUCAACUAAUAAAAAAUAUUUUGAAAAAUUUUGGUAAAAUGCAAAGGUGGGACCACAGGCAUCCCUAGGGUGAACAAAGGGGGGGGGGGGACAGGAAAUUUUUUAAAAAUUCAUCCAACCCACUCCUAACUUUCUGAACUGAAAUUGUCGAAAAACAUUUCUCACAUCAAAACAGUUAGUUUCGACUGAUAAAAUCAUGUUUUUAAAAAACAUUUGUAUUUUUUUAUAUCAUACCUGGUUGCUGUGAACCAAUAUAUUCUAAAACAUGUAAACGUUAUUUUUUUAUCUGCGUUAGGUUUUUAACGGUGAAGGCGGAGACCGUAGUACUGCUGCUAAUGUUUUGAUACUAUUUACUGAUGGGGUAGCGACGGACGCGAACGAAGUUGACCAGAUUCAGGAAGCUCAGAAAUUGAAGGAUGCCGGAGUGAAGGUUAUCACUGUUGCAAUGGGGAGCAAAAACUUCAUUGAAAGCUAUCGAUCAACCCUACAAAAGUUAGCAAGUGUAGACGACGAAACUGGUCAACCGCUUCAGUUUGAAGCUGGCUUUGACAAUUUGAACGACCUCACAAGUAAACUUGUAAAAGGAGCUUGUUAAGGUCAGCAAGAUGGAAAUGAGACCGCUGAAUUCAUUUGACGUUACGUAACAUUUUUUUAAUAUAGCAACAGCGCAUUAUGUGCUAGUUAUGACUCAAUAACUCUUUAAUAAUUAGUUAGUUUUCUAGUUAUAAGUACGUAAAAUAACUUCUUUAAGAGACAUUUACAGCAUGAGCUCCACCUUUGAAUUUACUAUAUGAGUAAAUUCUUAAACACGUCCGAAUUUAUCAUUAUGAUAAAUUCGCGGCAAAUUUUGAAUUUAUCAUAAUAAUAAAUUCGCGGCACCUAACACCAACCCUAACCCCAACCCUAACCACUAACCCCUAACCCCUAACCCUAACUUUUUUAACUUUUUAAAUUUCUUUAACUUUUUUAAAAAUCUAACUUUUUAAACUUUUCCUGCUUUUCAAAACUCUUUUAAAACUUUCUUAAAAACUAUUUUUUUGGGUGACAUCUAAUUCUCGUUAACCAAUGCAGACAAUUAAAACACUGUGGAAAGCAAUUUUUCAAAAUAAACUAACCAUUUACACAAAGCAAAUUUACCAUCAUUCGUCCAAAAAUUCAUAAAAAGUCGCUGUUAUGUGGACUUAUCUCGCAGACUUCGGCUAAAAAGCCACCCAAAAAUGGCGGAGUGAGAAAGGCUAAUUCGGCUACUGUUUGCCGAUCCCGUGAUCAAUAAAGCAGCCACUUUAAAACGUUUCGGUGACAUAUUUAUGCAUCAGAUCAAGUAUCUCCACGGGUGGCCAAGUAACAAUUCGUAGCUCACACUUUUGUCCAUGCUUGGGCCUCUAUUAUAUAUAACAACAAAGUUUAAAAACAACUAUUUCCUAUACAUAUAUUGCGUGUCGGGUACUUACCAAUUACCAUAACCAAGCCAUAUUCUCAACUAUUUUUUUCAUCAAACAUCUUUAAAAUUCUGAAAGCAAAUCGUAUAUGGCAGUGUAAUCAAACGAUGUCGAUAAAAUGUUGAUUAUCUUUAACACGAAUUGGUUACUCAUAUAAAUAUCUGAUCAAAAUAAAUAUGCUAUCAAAACGUAAGAACACAACUGCCUACCGAGACCUGUGCCGUAAUUUAGAGUUAAAUAUAAACAAUUACACCCUAUGUACUUUCUGUUAAAAAAUGAAGGCUAUUUAUGAUUCACCUGCAAAUUAAAAUACCACACAAACGGUGGGCAUUUUGUCGCUAAUUUCUGGUAAUGCAUGAGGAGAGCCGGCAUAAUCAAGUGGGCCAACUAGAAACUUGUACGCAGUUAUAACAUCAUAAAUUCUACAUUUGUUUAUUUUGUUUCGGGUGACAUAGCAGAUUUUUCAGGUAGUUUGUGUGAUCAAGCAAGAUAUUUCAUGUGGGAGUUAACGAAUUUGUUUGUUAGUGCGAUCAAAUGGACCAUUUGCAUUAUAGACUAAAUUUUGAUCUAGACAAAAAUUUCAUCACAGCUUGAAAGUGCAUCACAAAAUUAGUAAUAUUCCGAAGUUUCCUUGCGAAAUGUUGUAAAAUGCGGAUAAUAUAGCCAUGCGAAAUUUGCCGUUUUUCAGUCAUUUUGUAUUACGCACGGGAAAUUGACAGCCCAAUCGGGUGUUGGGGCAUCAAUUUCCCGUUUGUAAUACAAAAUGACUGCUGAAAAUUGCAAAUUUCGCAAGGCUAUAUUAUCCGCAUUUUACAACAUUUCACAACGAAACUUUGGAAUAUUACUAAUUUUGUGAUGCUCUUUCAAGCUGUGAUGAAAUUUUUGUCUACAUCAAAAUUUAGUCUAUAACGCAAAUGGCCCAUUGACGGCAUAAAGCAACUCAUAUGUUGCCUGGUUUGUUUUUCAUACUGUCAAAACGUGCCGGUGAGGACUGCAUAGACUCCGUUAAGACUGACGAUUCCAGCUCACAGAGAAAAUCAACCUUCAAAUAAAUAGUUCGUUGGUAUUUGUAAAUUAAAUGUGUUAAAAAAUCGUUAUCACAUUUUGAAAUGUUUGGGUUUGGGCCAUAUGUCAAGUAAAAAUUUCGCGCGAGUAGUAUACAGAAUAGAGGUUCUGGAGCUGGUGGACAAGUAGAGCUCUAUCCAUGGGGUCAUCAGCGGGGUUCUGAGAUGGGCGGGGUGAAUCGAGCAUUCAGAUUUCAUGUCCAUUAUGGUAUGUAUAAUCAGGAGGGGGUGGUAACUUACGACAUUCCCCGGGGGAAAGGGUUUGGGGAUAGAGAAACAGAAGAAGUUGCACUGCAUGGGUGACACACAGAGUUAGGACUAGAGCAUGCAUUGUUAGCUAUGCCAUUUCAAUCUUGGAAUUUAGUUUGGAUUCAACAUAUUUUUUAUGAAAUUGCCGCCACUGCCAUUAAAAAUACUUGAAGGUAUUUUUGGAUAAAAUGGUAUGACCGCUCUAAAUAAAAUAAAAUAAAAUACCCAAAGUAGUCAUACCAAUAAUAUUAAUACUUAAAUCAAUGAAUAAAUCAAUCUAUACAUAAACUUGAAUAAAGUUUCUAAAUUUCUAUCAAUAAAGUUCCCGCCAAAAGUAUAUGAUGUACGCAUUUUUGUUGUCAUGUUUAUUCAUAUAGGUCAAUCUAAAUUACUUCAAAAGUUAUAGUUGAUUGAUUACUUUCUAUUUCUGACUGUAGUACAAAGCGAAGGAGAUACAAGUCUCAUUAAAACAGACAGUCAUCCAUCUACAAGGAUGAAAUCUAUAAAAGUGUCUCGCCAACAUGCUGCACGAACUGUCCCUGUGGUCUCCGUGUGUUCUUGCGGCAAUGUUUCCAAAAUUUGAGCAAUUUUUUGUCCAGAAUUCCGUAUCAGCAUUUGCCUAGUACGAACCAGAAUCUCUCAGAAGAACACCAAGAUUGUUUAUCCAGACAUAUUUCUUAAUUGAGUGAUACUCAGCCAAGAUGAG